ACAAGACAUCAAUUUAAAAUAAGGAAUAUUAGUUUAAUAUACAAAAUCACAUAAGACUGUCCCAUUGUUGGCAGUAAAUUGAAGACUAGUGUUAUUAAAAAGGUGAAGAGGGAAGUGUAUCACAAGAUUCCUAUACUCUGCUAUUACUCUAGACACAUGCUACUUUGAAUUUCACAGGUUUCAGUGCUAUGUUUAUCUUCGAGCAGUCAGCCGUGUAGGAUGAUGGCUACCGCAGACAGCAGCAUUGAGUUGGCGACUCUCAGUCGACCUUUCCAAUUAGGAAUGCUGUACGACUGCCGCAGCGACUCCCUCAUUCCAGGUGUUACUUUGUGGAACUUGGAGGAGCUGCAAAAAGACAUUGAUGUUCGUCCAAAACCUUAUACAGAUUUCCAGAUUAUUGCAUCAGACUCUUUAGAGGACAAAACAUCUGCUUUGAAUGUUGAAGCAUCACUGGCAGCAAGCUUUUUCAGUGGUUUGAUCACAGUUAAAGGAUCUGCAAAAUAUUUAACUGACAAGAAGACUUCUAAAAGGCAAUCCCGGGUUUCCCUGCAGUAUCUUACAACCACUCGCUUUGAGCAGCUCACCAUGAAUCACUUAGGGUACAGCAAUGUAACUUAUCCCAAUGUAUUUAAAGAAGGCACAGCAACUCACGUUGUUACAGCUGUUCUAUAUGGCGCCCAGGCUUUUUUUGUGUUUGACAAGCAGGUUUCUUCUGAAGAGAAUGAGCAAGAUAUUCAGGGCAGCCUGAAGGUUUCCAUAAACAAAAUACCCUUCAUGUCAAUUGAAGGAGAAGGAUCCCUAAAAAUGACAGACACAGACAGGAAAAGCACUGAAGGGUUUAGCUGUAAAUUCUACGGUGAUUUUGCUCUUGAAAACAAUCCUGUCAGUUUUGAGGAUGCAAUUAAAACAUUUGCCACCCUCCCACAGUUGCUUGGGGAAAAUGGAGAAAACGCUGUGCCUAUGAGAGUCUGGCUUUACCCAUUAAAUAAACUGGACUCCCAAGCGGCUCAACUGGUGCAGCAAAUCAGCAUAGGGUUAGUGCGUCGUUCACAGCAAGUCCUAGAAGAAUUCAAUGAGCAUGAGAUGCAAUGCAAUGACAUGAUGAACGACUCGGUUGCCAUCCAGUUUCCUGAGAUAAUGAAAAAAAUGAGAAAAUUCAAAGACAUGUGUUCAGAGUACAAACUGGUGUUCCAGAAAUCUUUAGCACGAGCGCUACCCUCCAUACGAGGUGGCGGGGAAGAGGAAGGUGUACUGGUAGACAUACUGAGUGGAAAGGAACAGUCACCAUUCCAAAACACAAUGUUAACAGAAUGGCUGGAAGACAAGGAAAGAGAAAUGAAUGUGAUGAGGUCUUAUCUCAGCAUUAUGAAAAAUGCAACAGUCGUGUCAUCAAGCAGUGAGCUGGACCAAACAGUCCUGGAUUCCAACAAUGAGUUUGUAGUGUGCUUCACAUUUACUUCAUUAAAGCAAAAAGAAACUUACCUAAAAAGCUUAAAAAGCUACUUGGCAUCCCAAGCUUCUGGGAUCAGUGAAAUGAAAACACCAGAUGCUAUUGAUUCAAAGGAAGAACCUGCGAAAUGGUUCAGAUCUGUUGAAAUAUCAAGGCAGACAAGGGAGCGUGUACGAAUAUUUUUGGAUUUUGAGGAAGCAAACAAAAGUAAAGAAAACACCAAGUUCAUUGUAGCCUCCAUACAAGAUGACCUGAAUGUUGGUUCUUCAGUUUAUCUCUAUGAAAGAGGAGUUUUGGUGACCAGUAACUUUGAGCUUCCAUCUAAACCUGAAACACCAGCUGUCUGUAGAACAACACAUGAUAGUGUGGAGCUAAAGUUUCCUACUCUACGAAAUGGCUACAGUGAGAUUAUUAAGUAUCAGGUUAUGUACCAGAAUGUUAAACAUAGUGAAUGGAUUACACUGGAUACAGAAGUCAAAACGGAAUCAUUCACUGUAUCAGGUUUAGAACCAAACAGUCACUACCGGUUCAGGUACCAGGCAGUGUGUAAACCAGGUGUGAGCUUAAGUAGUGACACAACUGAAGGGAAGACACUUCCAACAAGCCCUCCAGGUAAUCUCUCAAAGAACUACAUUGACCCACAUUCUAUAACAAUUGUUUGGGAUAAGCCGUCUUUCAUAGGAGAGGGUGUGAGUAUUCUUUGCUACACAGUUGAAUAUAGAGAAGAUAACGGGGAAAGCAGCACUGAUGAAACUACAAAAUGGACUGAAAUGAAAACCGAGACAACAAAGUGUCUGUACACACUGGAAAAACUAAAGCCCACUCAUUCUUACAGAUUCAGGGUGUCUUCUGUCUGUGGAGAAGCAGGUAGAAGUAGACCAAGUGCUGAGGUUGUAAUAGUAACGCCAAUGGAAAAGGAAGCUAAAUCAAAGAGUGUACCUCAAGAUAAAAUACAGAGUGAAAGAUUUCUACAGUUCUCUACAUCAAUAAAAGAGGGUCCGCCUUCAGUUCAUCGACUAUCCUUACAUGAACAGCCCCUUGGAAACAGUGAACAUUAUCAAAAGUUUAUAUUCGGAAGGGGGGUGGGAAAAGAGACGAAUAAAGUAGUCAUGGUUGUGGGAGCAACGGGAGCAGGAAAGACCACCCUUAUCAAUGGGAUGAUCAAUUACAUCUUGGGUGUGCAAUGGGAAAACAAGUUUAGAUUCAAAUUAAUCCAUGAAGAUACAAACCGAACCCAAGCCGAAAGUCAAACCUCUACCGUGACUGCAUAUGAACUCAGUCACCAACAGGGUUUUCAAGUCCCUUUCUCUCUCACCAUUAUUGACACACCGGGGUUUGGAGACACAAGAGGCAUGGAUCAAGAUAAACUGAUCACUCAGCAAGUCAAAGAUUUCUUUACAGACCCAGAUGGAGUUGAUCAUAUUGACGCGGUGUGCUUCGUGGUCCAGGCUUCAUUGGCUCGCCUUACAAAACCGCAACAAUAUGUUUUUGAUUCCAUUCUCUCCAUUUUCGGAAAAGACAUAGAAGAGAAUAUAUUAAUACUUGUCACAUUUGCAGACUGCGAUGAUAUCCCUGCUUUAGAAGCAAUCAAGGCAGCAAAGUUGCCAUGCCACAAAGAUAAAAAGGGACAGCCAACCCACUUUGCCUUUAACAAUUCUGCAACAUAUACACAGAAUUGUGUGUUGAAGAAGCUUUCUGAUGAUAAUGAUACAUCUGAUUCUGAGAGUGAUGAAGAGGACAAUAGCCUUCGGAAAAAAAAAGAUGUCUGGCUCGACAGUUCAAAACAUAUGAAGAGAUUCUUCAGGACCUUAGAAAAAGUGAAAGGAAAGAGCUUACUUUUAACAAAGAAAGUGCUUGAAGAGCGCCAACGCCUUGAAACUGCCCUGAAACAGCUGGUGCCUCAGAUUCGAAUGGGUUUGUCCAAGCUGAAUGAAAUAAAAAGCAUAAGGUCUAGUCUGGAACAACACGAGGCAAGCCUCGCUGCAAAUAAAGAUUUUGAAACAGAAAUAGACGAAUUGAGAGCAAAAAGAAAAAAGACCAACAUUGUAUCAACCAAUUGCAAUACCUGUCUGUUCUCAUGUCACUCUGCUUGCUAUCUUCCUACCCCUGAAGAAAUUAGCUCGUGUGCAGUCAUGGACAAUGCUGGGAACUGUGUGAUAUGUCCUGGUAACUGUCACUACUCUGCCCAUUCGUCAGAGAUGGCUCUAUGGGAAUAUGAAUCGGUGAAGGUCAAGAAAACAAUAGGACAGCUAAAAGAUAACUUUGUAAAAGCAUCUGGUGAGUUUAUGACGACCAAGGAAAUACUUGAAAAGCUUGAAUAUGAAUUUCAUAAAAUUGAAGACAAAUUGAUGCAGCUAAUUGAAAUGUCAUCCAACUGCCUUGCACGGCUGGAGGAAAUCGCUUUAAAACCAAACACUCUGUCAACAGUGGAGUACAUUGACCUCCUCAUUCACAACGAGAAAGAAGAACGCAAACCGGGUUUUGAGGACCGCAUCCAAAACUUAACUGAGAUGAAGAGUCAGGCUGAAAUAAUGGCUAAAAUUGCAAAAGGAGAAAAACUGCUCCCUGAGGAGAAGAGGAAAUACAAAGAAAAAAUGGAAAAGCUCAAAAAAAUUGCAAGUCAAAUGAAGCAAACGUCAUCAAUUGUGAAAGCCUGGCAAUCAGGACACUGAAUCCUUCAGUGCUGAUUCCGGAACAGGGCUUUAUCACAUUCAUAUGAAAGAACUGUUUCCUGAAAUACUGGUACCUUUGAACACACAUAGAAAUGCAAUAGAGGUGCUUGUGGGAUGAGACUGUGUGUCAACUAAUUCAAACUCUUUCACUAUCAUCCAAUUCUCCAGUACACACCAGUGUUCAUCUGAGCGAUUUUUAUACAUUUCAAGUACCUUUACAAGACUAGUUUGCUUUGCUGUUAACAGCUGAGUCUAACAGAUUGAGCACAACAAUGGCAAUGUAGCCUAUGCUUAAAGCAAUAUAGUUGAUCAAGUAAACUUUAAUUUGUAGUUACAGUAUAAAAUGCAAUUUAUUGGUACAGCAAGAAGAUGAUUUUAUGUAUUGUUUUGGGUCACUCUAAAGAUGCUAUUAUCAAAUGCUUCAGUAUUACUGCAAUAUGCAGUUAUUUUGCAUGGUAUAAAUAACUGAUUAGAUUUGUGUAUGUACCUCGAUAAUACAUACAGCAGGCAGUUCUUCCAUUAUAUCUAUGCUGAGGGUGCUUUUUAUUAAGUAGUCCAGAUUCUGUCUAUUCAGACCCCUCACAAUCUGAGUCAGAGCUGUAUUUACAUGAACUACAUUUCUAUAUGUUUAUGUUUCUCAUUUCUUUUGGAUGGAUUAUGAAGACCUUGCUGAUAUGUAACAUGAACGGGUCUAUUGUGCUACUGAUGCACCUCCCUUAUGAAGGUUUUCCACAGUAUGUUAGUCCAUUAUUUUUACAGUUUUACCAUGCAUUUCCCAUGGUUAUACCAUAUAGUUUACCCUGAUUUGCCAUGUUCUUUUAAUAUGCUUUAGCAUACUGGUCUUUACAAUGUUUACCUAUGCUUUAAUACAUUGUGCUAUGCUUCUUCUAGGGGGAGUUUUUGUAAGGACAGGGAAACCAAACAACUGAUCCCUGGAGCCUAACACUUCUGAAUUAUAAACUUUUUCAUCAGACCUGUGCUAUAUUUUGUAUUGUUUAUCAAUGCUUUUACUUUACUAAAUGGAGGUUUUAAAUUGAAUCGUGUUUUAUUGUUGAUUGCAACAUAAAGUGGACAGAGAACCUGGAAAA